GUCUCCCAGCCAACCCCUGCUUUCCUUCUCAGAGCCCGAUCCUGCAGAAUAACAAAAAAACCUUUGCUGAUGGGUGGUUUUUGUUGCAGGCACUCGGUGUGCUGCUUCUCUGCCAAAGCGAACUCCCGGGCCUUUCUCACUGCCUUUGUGUCAAAAGUUAAGCGCAUCAACGGGAGGUACGAGAGGUUUCUGGAAAGGACGUUUCCCCGCUUCUAUGUGUUGUACGCGACUUUCACAAAAGGAGUUCAAGUGCUGUUUCUGGAAGUAAAAGAAAUAAGAAAGAUCAAGUUAAAAAUGUCCCGUCAGAGACUGAAUUUUCAUCAGCUUCCCUACAGGGAGAUGGAGAGGCUGAGACAGUUUCGCAGGGACCUGAUCAAGGCCAUUCCUAUCGGGGUUAUCGCCAUUCCGCCUUUUGCCAACUUCUUGGUCAUAGUCCUGAUGUAUUUCUUCCCAAGACAAUUCCUGAUCCGCUACUUCUGGACUCCACAGCAACAGAUUGAGUUCCUGGACGCUUACCACGCUAUCCGGAGAGAAGCGUAUUCGGACGUGGUAAAGAGCUUAGCUCUGGCAGCACGGUCCCUGCCUGAGCCGCGGCUGCAAGAACAGCUGCAGGAGCUCUGCACCCAGGUGCAGCGAGGUUCCCAACCACGCGUGGCUGAACUCUAUGCUGUGAGAGGCUUGUUUUCGGGGUCUCCCUUGGGCCUGAACAAGCUCCGUGUGUCCCACGUGAAAGCCCUAAGCCAUGUCCUGUUCCUGACCCCUCACUUGCCGGCCUUGCUCCUGAGAUACCGCCUGCGGAGCCACGUCUUGGAGAUCCGGCACCUGGACCGUGCCAUGCUGCGGCUGGGGCUGAGCGAGCUCUCCGAGGAGGAGAUGAAAGCGGCUUGUUACCUCCGUGGCCUGAACUCCACUCACCUCAGCGCGUCCGAGUGCAGAGCGUGGCUGGAGCAGUGGCUGGGGCUGUCCUGCAAGCUGCAAGCUUCCGAGGCCUCUCUCUUGGCAAACAGCAUGGUCUUACUCUCCCUCAACUACGUCAGGGCCAAGGAAUGAGAGCAGAGUCCCCGGCUGCGAACCCUCACCUGUGGCAUUGCGCGUGGACUUCCGAUCCCCGCCCGUCUCUGGUACUUGUUGGCUUUGACGAAGCGGAGAUCCUUUUUGCAGCGUGGAACGACAGCCCGGAGUCGGGGAGAAGGGCCCUGCGCUCCCUCGCGUCCACAGACACUCACGAAAGCACUGCCGCACAGACGAAUGCGGGGCUCGCUCCCUUCUCUGCUGGAGGUGAGCCCACCUCGCGGCUUUCCCAGUGCCCUGCGCGACCCACCUCGAUGGCAGGAACGUGCUCUCAGGACAGCGGAGCAGGUUGGCGACGCUGCCGGGGCUGAGCACGGUCUCUGCCUUCUUUCGAUCACAGACAGCUCGUUCGGUGUCUGGGGUAGGUGGCUUUGCUGUUACAACUCUAAGUUGUGUCACUUUAGGUACCUUUUGCAGGGGAGAACAGGCAUCUCCUCUGGCUUUAAAAGCUUCCUCUUAGUAACUCGUAAUAGCGGGCUCUGUUCAGCUUGGGUUUUGCUGCACUACUCCACGGCAGAGCUCUCACAGAGGAAUUACAUGGUUUGUUUACUCUACUGAGCAGUCUUACAUAGAAAAAAAAAAAAAACUCCCUAAGUGAGAUUUAGACCCCAAAACCCUGUGCUGCCCUGC